AGAAGAGGAGGAUCACAACUUCGGGAGAAACCCCAAAGUGCACAGUAACGAGAGCCAUGACCGACGACAAACAACACAAACACGACAACAACAGAAAAGACAGCCUCACCAUCACCACACAAAACACAACCUAAGAUGCCUGUAGCCUGCAAGGGAGAAAGACGCCAUGAGCACACGCAUGUCACCGAUUGUCUAACAACCAGAAGCCAGCGGAGGUAGAGUGAGGAGGUCCUGCAAGACGAUGCCUUCAGGGAGGAAACGACGCUAACGCCGUCAUCGUCCGUCUAUCUCCAGGAGAGCAGACCAAGUCUUCACCUGGCAAAAACUGCUGACUUUGGUGGCCGCAACAACGCCCCAGUAAGGUGAGGACGUAGCCUUUGUCGGCCUCGGCAAAUAUGCGGCCAUACUUUCGUCAAAAACCCUCGAAACCAACUCCGCACAGCAAACCAACUCCGCACAGCAGACAAGACAGCCGAGGCCAACACCCCCAGCUGCUGGUCCCAGGAUGUAUCCCAUCUGAGCGAAAACCAUCUCCUGUUGUCUUUUGCGGUAGCGUUUCUUGAGUGAACCAAGAGAGAGCCAACUUGAAUCCCUCUAGCUUCGCGGCACGCACGAGAUCACAAGUCAGUAAUCUGUCUAUGUGUGUGCUUGCGUGGCAAGUGGCAUGCAUGGUCACCCCCGACGUCAUGCGAUCCAGGCCAUUUUCCUGCCGUAUAAAUGUGUACACGAGCCGUAGCCUUGUGCUACGACAUCGCAAGAGGCCCAGCAGACAGACAGAGUCAUCAUCAAGCAGCUCAGAGAUCGACGAAGGCCGACGAGGUCCUGAGAGCUCGCUCGCGCAGUACGCGGCCAUGGGUGAGGAAGCGGCCGUGCCCGUGGCGGCGGCGGCAGCGAGCGCCCCGCCGCACCUGCUGCUGAUAUGCUUCCCGGCGCAGGGCCACGUGAACCCAAUGCUCCGCCUGGCGAAGCGCGUGGCGGCGAAGGGCCUCCUCGUGACCUUCUCCUCGGUGUCCAGCGUGGGCGCGAAGCUGGCGGCCUCUGCGGGGGUGUCGUCCGGCGGCGACGGCGUGCGCGUGGGCCGCGGCCGCGUCCGGUUCGAGUUCCUCGAGGACGGCGACCCAGCGGGUCCCGACCUGGACGACCUCAUGCGGCACCUGGAGUCGGCCGGCCCGCCGGCGUUCGCGGCGCUGCUGCGUCGCCAGGCGUCGGAGGGCCGGCCCGUGGCGUGCGUGGUGGCGAACCCGUUCAUGCCGUGGACGAUCGGCGUGGCCGCCGGCGCCGGGAUCCCGUCGGCGGUGCUGUGGGUGCAGUCGUGCGCGGUGUUCUCGCUCUACUACCACCACGUGCACGGCCUCGUGGAGUUCCCGCCCGAGGACGACGCGGAGGCGCGGUUCUCGCUGCCGGGGCUGCCCGAGAUGACCGUCGCCGACGUGCCGUCGUUCCUGCUGCCGUCGAACCCGUACAAGCUCCUCGCCGGCGCGAUCGUCGAACAGUUCCGCACCAUCGGGCAAGCGUCGUGGGUGCUGGUCAACUCGUUCACGGAGCUGGAGUCCGGCGUGGCGGCCGCGCUCCGGGGAGUCACGCCCCGCCCACCGGAGCUCAUCCCCGUGGGCCCGCUCGUCGAGGCCGUCGGGUGGCAGGACGGUGACGGCGACGGCGGAGGCGACGAGGUGCGCGGCGAUCUGAUGAAGGCGGCGGAGGAGUGCGUGGGGUGGCUGGACUUGCACCCCCCGCGCUCCGUGGUGUACGUGUCGGUGGGGAGCGUGGUGGUGCUGUCCCCCGCCGAGGUCGCGGAGAUGGCGCACGGGCUGGCGUCGACGGGGCGGCCGUUCCUGUGGGUGGUGCGGCCGGACACCCAGCCCCACCUCCCGCCGGGUUUCCCCGCCUCCGUCGCCGCGGGGCGCGGCGCGGUGGUGGCGUGGAGCCCGCAGGAGCGGGUGCUGGCGCACCCGUCGACGGCGUGCUUCCUGACGCACUGCGGGUGGAACUCAACGCUGGAGACGGUGGCGGCGGGGGUCCCUGUGGUGGCGUUCCCGCAGUGGGGGGACCAGUGCACGGACGCGCGGUUCCUGGUGGAGGAGCUCGGGAUGGGGGUCCGGCUCCGGGCGGGCUCCCCGGAGCUGCAGCGGGAGGCCGUGCGGGAGGCCGUGGAGGACGCCGUGGCGGGGCCGCGGGCCGAGGCCAUGCGCGCCAGCGCCAGGCGGUGGAGCGAGGCCGCGAGGCGCGCCGUGGGGCCCGGUGGGUCAUCGGACGCACACGUCCAGGCGUUCGUGGACGAGGUGGCACGGCGAGCAGCGUGUGGUGGCGCCGCGGGAGCGGCUAAGGCCCGGGCCCAGGAGUCGUCAGAGGACGCCUCCUCGCUCGUAGGGGUAGCUGAGCGGCAGGAGAGAGUGGAGGUAGCCGUUCCGUAGGCGGUGUGGUGAUCACCCCGCGUUGUGCGUGGUGAAGGUGAAAAGUGAAUCUUAGAAUAAUGAUCCAGUGAUUACGGCAUCCCUGGGUGUUUUCGCAAACCAAAUUUUGUUUGUUCUA